AUGAGCUCACCUAUUCAAGAUGGUGAACUACUAGGAAGUAUUAAUGAUGAAAGUACUAAGGAAACUAAAGAUGGAGAGGAUCCUACAAAUGAACAAAGUAUUGAAAACAUUGUAGUUGAUAAUAAUGAAAAUUUAGAUGGAAGUCAUACUAAUGAAGAAAUUAAGAAAACAACUGAUCAUGGAAAGGAUUUUGGGACAGUUGUUAUUUCAGAAGAAUCCAGUACCGAAAUAAUCAUUGAUAGUGAGCCACCUGGAGCUGAGAAAGAGAUUAUUUAUGAAGAAGAAGAAACAUUAAUUGAAAAGGAAUUACUGAAGGAAGAUGAGUCUGGAUCUGAUAACAUCAACUCUGAUUUGCUAGUAAUAGAAGAGAUUGAUUUUGACAUUUUAAUUGAAGAUGAAAAACGAGAAACUUCAACUGACAUCACAACUGUAGAUAGACCUUCUAAACCUAAGGACAAAGUUAUAGACAUCAGGGAUCCAGAAGAAAUUAAAGCUGAUAAGGGACCUUACCGGAUAAAACAAAAAAUUGUUGUUAUAGACCCAGGUUAG